AUGGCUGGGAACGAGGAUCAGACUCCACCUAACAGAUCAGCCGAGGAUGACAGGUUCAUGUUGACCUUGCUAAAAUACGAUAAGAUCCGGGAAAAGUCCAGGCAGUCAUCAGCAUGUGCUCUAGAUAUCAAGUUCGCAAAGCAAACGUUGGCGGAUAUUCGAAAAGAGCUUGUGCAGAAGAAAGCAAUGGAUAAACGGCAGUAUGCUGCUGAUAUGAGCGAAAAACAAUGGGCCAUUGUUAUGCGCAACAACAACCUUCUCUGUGGCCAGGUCCCAAUAGUCACUGACGAAUCUGGCGGAGGAAUGGUCGGCCUAGAGCCAGCACACGCUCCCGAAGAGAAUUAUUCCAGAUUGUGGCUUCCUGAAGAAGUGAAAGGCGGAAUAGAUAUGACUUUCAGAAUCCCCCGCUACCGGAUUAGUGACAGUGUCAAUGUCGAUAUGAUGGAAACACAAGAUGCGCUGCAGACGUCGAUGGCACAUGGCGGAUUCAGCCAGAAUGCUAUCCAAGCUUCCGUAGGAGGAAACAUAUGGGGUGUCAGUGCAGCUGCCAAGUAUGGUAAGACAGAGAAAGAGAGCAAAGGAAAAGCGGACUCCAAGUUUCGAGACACGAAACACAUGUACAUUUCGUACGAUUUUCCGCGUGUGGAAAUAUUUUUGGAUGAGGGUUCUCUCAAAGUAUCCAAGGAAUGCCAGGCUGACUUGGAUCGUCUGAGGCAACACCCAACAAAAGAUGAAUUGGAUAGAUUUUAUAAGAAAUAUGGCUAUCUCUUUGUACCCCAAGUCCAGCUUGGAGGUCGACUGUAUUCGAUCGAAGAGUCUGCGAAUUUUGGAUCAAACUCUGUAGCAGAGAAGAGUGAAAUGUUUAAAACUGCUGCAGGCGCCUCUUUUUCCGGCUUUGGCCUGCAGGCUGAAGUCAACUAUAGCAAAGAAAAGUCUGACAAAAACAAGACAGAAAAGAGUCAGAGUAAAUUGGAUCAUUCAAUCACCUGGCACGCAGAUGGCGGUGACACAUUGCUGUCCCUCCAGCCUGGUGCUCGACCGACUGAUCAUACCCGAUUCCCAAUUAUGAACAAGUCCCGCGCAGAUGGGAGAUUUUUUCGCCCAGGUGCCUGCACUUUUGAGGCUAUUGUUCCCAGGAAUAAUGCCCACUAUGAAGAGGGUAAAUUCGUCCGAAUGCUCUACGGUACCCCGUAUUCUCUCCAGAUCCGCCACGAAGGUCAUAUCUACGGUAUUCGGCGGACUACGCACAGUGGUCACUAUAAUUGCGACGGCUAUCUAUACGAAGGCGAAGAGGAGUUUCCGAAUAUCCGAGUCAUACUGCACAAUGAGCUUGGCUCAAUAACAGAUUCAGAAGGUAUCAUCCGGCUCGUACCGGGCGCGGCUGGUGGCAGUAAUCAAUCUCGUAUGAAGCUGAGCGAUGCUGUUAAAUUCGACUUUCACGGUUUGGAAGAGCCGGCUAUUCGCUAUAAUGAUCCUCUUGAACUCGAAAGCUACGAAAGCUACGUCGUCCAGUCGUUGGGGUUUCACUCGAUGGAUGAAAUGUUUCUCAACCCGGACGACGGAACUACGGAAAAGAACACAGUGCAAAAUUGUCAGCUUAUUUACAUAUAA